CCUCUGAGGAAAGGGUGCUGAACGGGGCCCGCAGCGUGGAGUUGUCCGUCUCUGAUUGGGCCCCGCUGUCGAGGAGGCGGGCCUUCAGAUCUAGUCCUCGGGCCCCGCGAGGGAGGGGGCGUGUGCCCUGUUGCCGAUCGCUUCCGGGUCACCGUUUGAGGCGGCUUUGCGUGUCCCGCCUCUACGGGCAAAGUGGGUCGGUGAUUGGCCGCGUAGAGAGGAUCGGUUCCGGGUGAGGCUGCCCCCCCCCCAUGAGGAAGAUGGAGGCAGCGGCCGCUCGCCCCUCAGGGCGGCUCCUGCUGCUGCUGCUCGGGCUGGGCCUGGCCCGGGCGGACGGGGGACCCCGCACCCUGGUGCUGCUGGAGAACAUCAACCUGCGGGACACGCACUCGCUCUUCUUCCGGAGCCUGGCGGAUAGAGGCUUUGACAUCACUUUCAGGACUGCUGAUGACCCUGGCCUGUCCCUCAUAAAAUACGGAGAAUUUCUGUAUGACAACUUGAUUAUUUUCUCCCCAUCUGUAGAAGAUUUUGGCGGAAACAUCAAUGUGGAGACCAUUACUGCUUUCAUUGAUGGAGGCGGAAGUGUCCUUGUGGCUGCCAGUUCUGACAUUGGUGAUCCUCUGCGAGAGCUGGGCAGUGAGUGUGGAAUAGAGUUUGAUGAGGAAAGGACAGCAGUCAUUGACCAUCACAACUAUGAUAUCUCAGACCCAGGCCAGCAUACGCUCAUUGUCGCAGACUCUGAAAAUCUACUGAAGGCUCCCACGAUUGUGGGGAAAACUCCAUUAAACCCUGUUCUCUUCCGAGGAGUUGGGAUGGUGGCUGAUCCUGAUAACCCUCUGGUACUAGAUAUCUUGACUGGCUCUUCUACAUCUUACUCUUUCUUCCCAGAUAAGCCCAUCACACAGUACCCUCAUGCUGUUGGGAAGAAUACCCUUUUGAUUGCUGGUCUCCAGGCCAGGAACAAUGCCCGUGUUGUUUUCAGUGGCUCCUUGGAUUUCUUCAGCGAUGCUUUCUUCAACUCUGCUGUGCAGAAAGCUACACCUGGCUCUCAGAGGUACUCUCAGACUGGUAACUACGAGCUGGCUGUUGCCUUGUCCCGUUGGGUAUUCAAGGAAGAGGGUGUGCUGCGGGUUGGAGAGGUAUCUCACCAUCGUGUAGGGGAAACAUUACCACCUAAUGCCUACACUGUCACUGACCUCGUGGAGUACAGCAUUGUGAUUGAAAAGCUCUCUGAAGGGAGAUGGGUCCCCUUUGAUGGCGAUGAUAUUCAGCUGGAGUUUGUCCGCAUUGAUCCAUUUGUAAGGACUUUCCUGAAGAAAAAUGGUGGCAGAUAUAGUGUGCAGUUCAAGCUGCCGGAUGUCUAUGGAGUGUUUCAGUUUAAAGUGGAUUAUAAUAGGCUGGGAUACACCCACCUGUACUCCUCUACACAGGUGUCUGUGCGUCCCCUCCAGCACACACAGUAUGAGCGUUUUAUCCCCUCAGCAUAUCCAUAUUAUGCCAGUGCCUUCUCCAUGAUGAUAGGCCUCUUCGUGUUCAGCAUUGUCUUCUUGCACAUGAAGGAGAAGGAGAAAUCUGACUGAGAUCAUCUCAGCCGGAGGAAGAGCCCUCAUCCAAGACAUUGGCUCCAUGUGGAGACUGGCAGCACUCAGGGCACAGAUUAUAAAUGUUUGGGGACUGGAAUCCUCAGCUGGUAGGAGCCAGAUGAGCUAUGGGGUUUUUAAGAUGAGUGACUAGUGGGAGAGAAAUUGAAAACUUGUGUCUGAGAGGAAGCCACUGAUGUCCACAAGAGAUCAAAAUGUAUGGCAGUGCAAUGGCAAUUCCAAUAUUGGUGUUUCAUGAGGAGGAAAAAAAAAAACAAAAACAAUUUUAUUUCCACCCCUUCUCAGAAAGGCUCUUGCCUCAAGAUUGUUCUCAUUUCCAGAAUAAAGAUUUGUUCCUCUCACCUUCUGCUGAA